AAGAGCCAGAGAAGGAGGGGUGAAGACAAAUGUAACUGUCUCUGUAGCUCUGCCACAGUGUAUUACAGAACAAAAACAAACCCAGACCGUUUAAGAGAUGCACGGCUUGUGAAUUCUCCUGUCAUGCAGGUGUACACAGCUGAGAGAGACACACCAGGGAAGACAGAGGAUAAGGAACUAAGUGGAAGUGUUCAUCACGGUAUGCAUUAAGGAAGGGGAUUUGUUUGUUUCUUGAUCAUACAUCCACUGGACUGAGGAAGUAUACAGUGAGGAGUCAUCAUUUGGGGGGUUGUUCGCUCUUUUAGGAUGCGCUCUCUCUGCUGUACCUCACAUCUGCCCUGGCCACCCUUUCUUUGGGAUGUAGUGAAGAUUGAUGCUUCAUACAGGCUUUUCCCCUAAACAUUUGCUGACUCUGGAAACCUGGCAUCAUGCCAGUGAUGAAGGGGCUGCUCGCACCCCAGAACACCUUCCUGGACACCAUUGCAACUCGUUUCGAUGGCACUCACAGCAACUUCCUCCUUGGGAAUGCUCAGGGUCACCGUGGCUAUCCCAUUGUAUACUGUUCCGAUGGAUUCUGUGAGUUGACGGGAUUUGGACGAACAGAGGUGAUGCAGAAGAACUGCAGCUGUCAUUUCCUACAUGGCUUGGGCACUAGUGAGCAGGUUACUCAGAGUGUGGAGAAAGCUCUAGAGGGCAAGGAGGAGUACCAGGCUGAGGUGCAGUUCUACAAGAAGAAUGGAAGUUUGUUCUGGUGUCUGUUGGACAUCGUGCCCAUUAAGAAUGAGAAGGGGGAGAUGGUACUUUUUCUCUUUUCAUUCAAGGAUAUCACAGAAACAUAUGGCAAGAGCCAUCACAGCAGCAGAACUGAUGAUAAUAAGCCAUUCAACAGGACCACUGGAAACUCUCAUAUCAGUAAAGCCAGAAGGAGGGGUCGCACCAUGAUUUACCAGCUAACCAGCCAGUUUACCGGUGACAGCAAAAAUGACGUCAGCCUAAGUCAGGAAAUAUUUGAAAAACCGUCCCUGCCUGAGUACAAAGUGGCAGCAGUCCAGAAGUCUCGAUUCAUCCUGCUGCAUUACAGUGUGUCCAAGGCAUUGUGGGAUUGGAUGAUUCUGCUGGCUACAUUCUAUGUUGCUGUGACCGUGCCGUACAAUGUGUGUUUCACUCCGUACAGCGAUCUGGAGACUGCAGGGAGGAGCACCAUAGUGAGCGACAUCGCAGUGGAAAUGCUUUUUAUUCUGGACAUCAUUAUUAACUUUCGCACCACCUACGUGAGUCAGUCAGGGCAGGUGGUGUACGAGCCUCGCUCCAUCUGUCUACAUUAUGCUACCACGUGGUUCUUUGUGGAUCUGGUGGCCGCGCUGCCCUUUGACCUGCUCUAUGCAUUUAACGUUACUGUUACAUCUCUAGUGCACCUGCUGAAAACUGUGCGAUUGUUGCGUCUGUUAAGACUGCUGCAGAAGUUGGACAGGUAUUCGCAGUACAGCGCCAUGGUGCUAACACUACUCAUGUCGAUGUUCGCUCUGCUGGCUCACUGGAUGGCCUGCAUCUGGUAUAUCAUCGGGCGCAAAGAGAUGGAGAUCAAUUCCAAUGGAGUCUGGGACAUUGGUUGGCUGCAUGAGUUGGGCAGACGUUUAGACAAGCCCUAUCUGAACAGUACAGUUGGUGGUCCUUCAGUUCGCAGUGCCUACAUCGCCUCGUUGUAUUUCACCUUGAGCAGUCUGACCAGUGUGGGCUUUGGCAAUGUGUGUGCCAACACUGAUGCUGAGAAGAUCUUUUCUGUUUGUACUAUGCUCAUUGGAGCUCUCAUGCACGCUGUGGUGUUUGGGAAUGUGACAGCCAUCAUCCAGCGCAUGUACUCACGUCGCUCACAAUAUCACACGCGCAUGAAAGAUCUGAAGGACUUCAUUCGUGUUCACCGCCUGCCACGGCAGCUGAAACAACGCAUGCUGGAAUAUUUCCAGACCACCUGGUCUGUAAAUAAUGGCAUUGAUGUUAAUGAGCUCUUGCGGGACUUUCCUGAUGAGUUACGUGCUGACAUAGCCAUGCACUUAAACAAAGACAUCCUGCAACUGCCUGUGUUUGAGGGGGCUAGUAGGGGUUGCCUGCGUUCUCUCUCCCUCCACAUCAAAACCUCUUUCUGCACGCCGGGAGAAUAUCUCAUCAGACAGGGGGACGCAUUGCAGGCCAACUACUUUGUCUGUUCUGGGUCACUGGAGGUUCUAAAGGACAACAUGGUCUUAGCUAUUCUGGGAAAAGGAGAUCUGAUUGGCUCAGACCUGCCAAGUCAGAAUCAUGUGAUCAAGACAAAUGCAGAUGUGAAGGCAUUGACAUAUUGUGACCUGCAGUACAUCAGUGUGAAAGGUUUAAGUGAUGUGCUUGAACUAUAUCCUGAGUAUGCCAGCAUCUUCACUACCGACAUCCACUGUAACCUCACAUAUAAUCUGAGAGAGGGCAGUGAGACUGAGAACUACCCAGAUUCCUGUGCAUCAACUGAGAAUAAGCGUCCAUCCAUUGUAGAAAAGGCUGAUGAUGCAAACAAGUACUUCCACAUCCCACCUUCUUCCAAUACAUGCCGAAAUCUUCUUCUGCCAAAUCUAGUCAGCCCAGUGCGACGUACAUCCUUGGGGAACCUUUUAGGGGAGGAGUUACUGCAAUUCAAUGCCCUGAGACAUUGCCGUUCACCCGUCAGGGGUUGGAGUCCAAACCCCUCCCCUAAACCACAGACCAAAGUACAGAAACAAACCUAUCCACCCUCAUCUACACCUAAACCCAGCCAUAGGACACAGAUAGAUUCUGAAGGUACAGGACGCAAACCAGCCAAACUGCUCAUCCCCACUUUCAACUGCUUUGGACCACCAGAUCUUAGUCCAAGAGUUGUAGAUGGUAUAGAGGACAACGGACAUGCAUUUCAUUUCAAUGUGGAGGACAAAACUGCCAAAACAGUGACAUCAUUGGGUGAUAAGACACUGGACGGAUCUGGUCAGGUGAAUGCUUCACUGCUUCAGGAGACAAAAGAAGUGAGAGAGACCAUUACCCAACUCAACAAGAAGAUGGGCAAUCUGAAAGAGGAAGUGUCACUUCUAACAAAGGAUCUGCAUCACAUAAUGCACCUGCUGCAAGCACAGAUGGCCGUUCGUCAGUACGCAGCUCCUAUGUCUUCCUGUCCCUAUGGACACAUGAUGUCCAAUUCUUCUGUCAGUUUGUCUCCGGCCUACAUCUUGGGUUCUAGCAUCCACAUGCAGCACAAAGACCAUGCUGUCCCUGAGAGUCACCUGGGGUCCACAUCAUGGAGUCAUAGCAGGGCUGGUGGUGGAUCUGGUUUUGCUCAGCACACUGAGAAACAGGGACACUUGCACCAGCAUGAGUCUAAUCAACACUGUCCCGUCACAGCAAAUGACCCCUGUUCCCAUGACUGGAGCUCCAUCCACUCCUCAACCAGCCAACAUCACUUCUCUACUGGAUCCACUCUCCUUAGCAUCAGCCCAGGAACCCAUGGGCCAAAACCUGGAGAAGGCCCCCGAGCAGAGGGCUUAUCACUGGGCGUUUGUGCUGGAGCUCAUGCCAAUAUCAGCCAAUCGCAGCCUGUUUUGCACCCAUUUCUUUCACAAAACUUGGGCGGUGCCUCUUUCUCCUGCAAGGUCACACCUAGCUCAUAUUCACACCUACACCUUUCCACAGAACCAGCGUUUUCCUACUCCACUCCAACCCUAGGUGAGGUGAUCAUGACUCCAGAAGUGGCCCUCAAUCAGAACCAAAAUGUGGUUCCUUCCACUUCCCUACCAGAGAAUUAUCCACCUUCUCCAAAGGAAUCGGGUGUUCACUGUUCUCUUGGGGAGUCAUCUGAGAUAGAGCACACCAGUCAGGAGUGCCUACUGGGUAAUCAAAGGCUGGGCGAAGACGGUGAGAUAUCAGAGAGCAGGUCUAGUGGAUCCAGUGCAGGACUUCAAAGCCAAUCAGAGAGCACAGAGACCACAUGGUGCUUGGAUUUGAUAGAAUGAUAUAGGAAAGACUAAAAUCAAGACAAUGGAAACAGAUUCUGCAGCCAAAAUUUCAGUUUGAAUUUCCAUUGACACAACAGUCCUUUCAUUGUGAAUUUCAUAACUUCAUGAGUAUGAUUAAUGGGAACUAGCAGCACAGCAAUUAAGCUUUUCCUGUUGUACUGCAGAAAAAGGCAGUUCUGGUGUUGUUGAAAAUUUGGCUCCGCACUAGCCUCUAAAACCUGCUGGUCUUAAACAUAAAAACCACAAAAUAUCAGAAUCUGGGGGCCGGAUGUUCUUUCCAAAAACUUGGUUCCUGGUAUUCCAUCAUUUUUUUUCAAAAACUGUAAAACUAUGCAAAGGCACAUGUGAAUUAUGUCAUUAAAUGGAGAGCAACUCUACUAAAAAAUGGACUGUUUUAUCUAGGUGUUCAUGAGUAAAGUAAACUAAACUUGUUAGUUUGUUACUGUGGACAUCAGCUGUAAUUUUAAAGACAUUACAAAGAAUCACUUUUAUUGAACUAUGAUUUAGAUGGUAGUU